GUAUCCAACCAAUAGUGUUGACCUGAGAAAAAUCGGAUGGUGUAGCGGGCUCGACUGUGUUCGCGUGUCUUGCACGUGCUAAUGGCGGGCAGUUCAUCAGGCUCAGCUUCGGAAGAUUUCUCGGUGCUAGUUUUAGCUUCCGAUUUAGGUAUAGAUGGUCGGCCGUUUUUGUCCCAAUCGGACCGAGAAAAUCGAGAAGAACAGUGGCAUGAUUGCCAAUCUUAUGAACAAGAAGACUUCUCCGAUCUCGAAGCCCUUCAAUUCUUCCGCCUUGAAUCUGGCUCCGACAAAUCCGGGAAUCGUAUCUUUCGUAUCAUCGGAAAACACUUCCCUGCUCCUGUGAUUAGUGGAGAACGGCUGAAGAAGUAUGUAUUCCACAAGAUAGCAACUGAGCUGCCAGAAGGGCCUUAUUGCAUCGUUUACAUGCAUACUACAGUGCAAAGUGAUGACAAUUCACCUGGCCUCACCAUCUUGAGGUGGAUUUAUGAAGAGCUACCCUCAGAUCACAAGGACAGGCUUCAGGUUGUAUACUUCAUUCAUCCUGGUCUGUGGUCAAGGCUUGUCUUUGCCACGCUGGGAAGGUUCUUCUUAAGUGGAGGAUUGUAUUGGAAAAUCAAAUAUGUAAGCCGCUUGCAGUAUCUCUGGGAUGACAUAAAGAAAGGAGAACUGGAGAUCCCCGAAUUCGUUCUGCAACACGACAAUGUGCUAGAGACUAGGCCUUUAACUGACUAUGGAAUUGAACCUGAUCCUUUUCAUGUAACUGAGAUUUCGACUAUGCCCUACUCAUUUGGAAGACAUCGGGCAGACUUGCCUUCUAGAGAAUACAUGUAGUAUUUCUGACUGGAAAUUAUGUGUACAAUUUGCAGUCCAAUAUGCUGCAAUAUCUGUGUAGCAUGUUUACAAUAUCUGUAUGCCAAGUUAAGCUUGGUAUGAUGUUUGAACCCUGCAGAUAUAAGGGCAUAUCUUCGUAAUUUCAUGCUAGACGCCCUCUUGUCUUUUUCCCCUCUUUCAAAGUUAUGGGGAAACAUGUGAGCAGGAGAUUUCUUGAAUUGGUGAUUAAUAGUGGCUUUCUCUGUGCAGUUUAGAUUCCUUAGUUUUUCGUUCA